UCCAUUAAAAUGCAGCUGCGAUCUCUUCUUUUCAUAGCUGUGCAUGUCUUGGUGUAUGUGGUGGCGGAAGUGCGCUAUGACGGUUACAAAGUAUUGCGAGCAGAGGUGGGAACGCAAAAAGAACUUGAAGUCAUGCGAAUGCUAGAAGAAUUUUUAGAAGUCGAUUUCUGGGAUUUCCCCCAUGACGUGAUGGUUUCAGAAAAUGAUGUCACUGAAGUGAAAGCUUUAUUAGAUCAAUACAGCAUCCAACACAAUGUAAUUGUAGAUGACGUUCAAUACCUCAUGGAAAACCAGUUCAGAAAACGUUUAUUGGACAUUCAAGAACGGUUUGACUACAGUGUAUACCACACCUAUGACGAGAUUGAUCAAUGGGUAGUCGAUAUUGCGUCAGCAUUUCCAGACUUGGCAACAUUUUCUGAGUUUGACAAGCCGUCAUAUGAGGGGAGAAGUAUGAAGUAUUUAACAAUAAGUAGCGGAUCGACAGUUAAAAAACCUGCCGUAUUCUUACAAUCGGCGCAGCACGCCCGUGAAUGGGUUUCUCCAGCGACAGUGCUGUGGAUGACUAACCAGCUACUGACUGAUUAUGGCAACGAUCCAUUGGUCACACGGUUAUUAGAUACUUUCACUUUCUAUGUCGUACCACUGGUAAAUCCUGAUGGAUAUAAAUACUCCUGGGACGAGGACCGUUUGUGGCGAAAAACUCGUAAACCGAAUGAAGGAAGAGAAUGUGUGGGAACGGACCCAAAUCGCAACUGGGAAUACGAGUGGGGAGGCGGCGGUGCGAGUCCCAACCCCUGCUUUUCAACAUACCGUGGCGAAUACCCCCAGUCAGAAGUUGAAGUUGAAAAUGUGGCAAAUUUUAUCCUAGAUAAGUCAUCCACACAAGAUUUUAAAUUGUUUUUUGACAUGCACAGUUAUUCCCAAUUAUGGUUAUCACCGUGGGGUUACUCAACUAUGGACCCUAGUCACAAAUCGGACCAUUUGAACGUAGCAAGGCAAAGUUGUGAUGCUCUGGAAGCUGUUCAUGGUACAUCCUAUACGUAUGGCACAGUGGCUCAAGUUCUGUAUGUGUCAUCGGGGUCUGCAAUUGAUUGGGCGUAUGGUGUCGCCAACAUUAAAUAUUCCUACACACUUGAACUUCGCGAUGAAGGAAGUUAUGGCUUUUUACUUCCCGAAGACCAAAUCAUCCCAACAUCAGAAGAGACGUAUGCGGGUUUUUUGAAGUCUUGUGAAUUAGUAAUGGCAGAAUUGUAA